CAUGGAGUGUCUGGGUACAAAAAGAUUAUGAUAGAUGAUCGAACCCAUUUCUGGCGCUGGCGCGCUGCGGAAGCCGCGCGCGGUUUCGAGCCCUGAUUGCCUUCGCGUGCCGCGUCGGAAGAGCGUCGCUCCUCAUCGUGGCCGGAACUGGGCCGGACGAACUCCGCGGACAUUGGGUUCAAGCCCGGCGGGGAGCGGGAUCAGCAGGCCAGGUCUGGCAUCGGUGGCGGUGGCGAUCAGGUCCCAAAGCAGCAUGCAAUCGGGAGCCUCCAGGAGCAGGAGUCGCCGGCACAAGAAGAGGCGGGAGAAGAAGACCAAGGAUCGACGGAGAGGAGGCGACGACUCGUCCGCGUUCUAUCCUGCCUUUGGAUAUGGAGGCCCGUGGCACAUGCCCUAUGGACCCGUAGACGAUGGGGUGGAUGUGAAGGUGAGUUCCAAGUUCCUGACACGGAACGACUAUUGUCAAACCUUCAUCGACACGGGACUUCGCCCGCAGAACUUCAUCCGGGAUUUGGAUUAUCAAAAUCGAUAUUCGGAAUAUCCCAAGAUCCAGCGCUUGAUCAAGCUUAAGGACAACAUCUUGGCGAAGCGAGCCUCUCCGGGGAUGUUCCUGAAGUGCGACUUGAAGACCUUCGACUUGGCGAGCCUGGGCACCAAGUUCGAUGUGGUGCUUCUGGACCCGCCUUGGGAAGAGUACCAGACGCGGGUGGCUGGCAUGUACGUGCCUGAUGAGGACCUCUCCACAUGGACGCUGGACGAGCUCAAGGCGUUGAAGGUGGGUGAGGUGGCUGAUCACCAGUCCUUUGUUUUCCUCUGGUGUGGCGAGACGCACCUCGAGCACGGCCGGGAGCUCUUCAAGAAGUGGGGCUUCCGACGAAUCGAGGACAUUUGCUGGGUCAAGACGAACCGGCAAGCAGAGUUGGACCAGCGUGGCUCCGUGAAGCAGCAAAGUGUGAUGUACGGUGACAGCUCCAUCAUCCAGCGGACCAAAGAGCACUGCCUGGUGGGAGUGAAGGGCACAGUGAAGCGCUCCGUGGACACGCAUUUCAUCCAUGCCAACUGUGAUGUCGAUCUCAUCAUGGAGGAGGAGAAGAGCUUCGGCUCCACUGCCAAGCCCAUCGAGCUCUAUGAGACCAUCGAGCACUUCUGCCUGGGUCGAAGGCGUUUGGAGCUCUUCGGCCGGGACCGGAACCUCCGAGAUGGAUGGUUGACCUUGGGCAACGGCCUCACCACGGACAAUUGGGACAAAGAGACCUAUCUCAAGUGGUUCGAGGGCGAUGUCCAAUGGCCCGAGGUGGAAGACUACAAGGGUGGUCGCCUACUGGGGAGCAACCCCGAGAUCGACACCCUGAGGCCUAAGAGCCCCGUGCGCCCAGGACGCAAGCGGUCGAGGUCGUUGUCCCCGCGCCGGCGCAUGGCUGGAGGCCCCAGCAGUGGAGCUGGUGGCUGGCGAGCCGCGCGUGCGAGCCGCGACUACGACUACGAGGAGGAUGAGAAGCCGCUGCCUGAGGAUUUGGGUGAGAUGGCUCCGCCCAUUCCAAAGGAGGACGAUUGAGGCCCGUUCAGUGCCUCACUGGUGCGUCAAAAACGGGACCUCGACGUGCGAAACAACGGGCGAUGCUGCGGAGUCGUGGACGGGGUCAGUGCCACGAGGAUGAGUUGUAUCUGUCAAGAAGCACGGGUUCGUCAAGGGAAUUUGCAGUAAGAUACUGUAGGUGCGUCUUGGAAUGACCACAAGUUUGAUG